AACUCUGAUGAUGUCGACUACAUUAUCAACAACAAUUCCGAUGAUACUGUCUUCACGGUAAGUGAAAAGCAACAAAAUGGGAGUUGGUUUAAUUUCAGUGGUGAUGAAGUUGGUCUCCUACUUGGCGAUUGGCAAUUACUUAUGGCACGCAACCGAGGUGUCCCUGCUGAAAAUUGUCUACUAUUAUCAACAAUUUUCAGCUCGAGAAUGCUAGCAGGGUUAUGUAGAUAUUACUGUUGUCGGUACGUGGAGACUCUUCCCGGUUUCAACCACCUCACCAGUACUUCUAUCAAGCUGGUUAAUGACGAUCCUGAUUGGGUGCAUUGCCUCGCUUAUGAUGAAUCUAAUGAAUUCGCAUUGACUUUGACGGUACCCGAUAGUGAUGGAGUUUCUGCUGCGGCGGUCUGGUGCGAAAUGGCGAAUUUUUGGAGAGUAAAUAAGAAGAUUACGAUGAAGCAAAGGCUCGAUCAACUCCAGCAGACUAUUGGUUAUUAUGUUCGUGAUAAUGGCUAUUAUUACAAUCCUCAUCACUCUACCGAGCUUGGGAAAAUUUUUGAAGAUCUACGAAGUGGUGGUAAAUAUAUGGACAUUUUGGGGAAUUCUAAAAUUUCCCAUGUGCGUGAUUUUACCCGCGGCAUCGACACUCGUGGGAGUAGCGGUAAAAGUUCCUUCCCGGUCGUUUCUGAAUGUGAUAUUAUUACAUUGUAUUUUGCAAACGGCUUGGCGGUAACUCUCAGAAGUUGCGGGAAAAAAUUGGA